UUUGCCCCAGUUUGUCGUACGAUGAAGGCGUUCCUGACACCAUAGUGCAGCGCGAUUACUAGUUUUAAACUGUAAACAUUUAUUCAAACCCUUAACAAUGUCAUCCAACAGUGGUAUUCAAAUCCCCAGCCGGCUACCUUUGCUGUGCACUCAUGAUGGAGUGCUGUUACCAGGCUCGACCAUGAGAGUCAGCGUCGAUACGGCGAGAAAUAUGCAGUUAGUGAAGAGCAGACUGCUGAAGGGAACCUCGCUGAAAAGCACCAUAAUCGGGGUUAUUCCCAACACCCGAGACCCUGAGCACGACAGUGACGAGCUGCCGUCUUUACACAGUAUUGGCACAGCAGGAUUGGCGGUUCAAGUUGUGGGCAGCAACUGGCCGAAGCCUCACUACACACUGCUCAUCACAGGCUUGUGUCGCUUUCGAGUGAGCCAGCUGAUGAGAGAGAGACCCUUCCCCGUGGCCGAGGUGGAACAGCUGGACAAACUAGAGCAGUACACAGAGGGAGAUCCAGCUGACGGAGAGCUGGGAGAGCUGUCACAGAGGUUCUAUCAGGCGGCUGUACAGCUGGUUGGGAUGUUGGAUAUGUCGGUGCCUGUGGUCGCAAAACUCAGGAGGCUGUUGGACAGUUUGCCCAAAGAAACUCUUCCUGAUGUCCUGGCUGCCAUGAUCCGCACUUCCAACAAAGAGAAACUGCAGGUUCUGGAUGCAGUAGACUUGGAGGAACGCUUUAAGAAGGCCCUUCCGCUGCUCACCAGACAGAUUGAGGGCCUCAAGUUGCUUCAAAAGACCCGCAAACUCAGACCGGAUGAUGAUAAAAGAGUUCUGUCCAUCCGUAAAGGUGGUGUGUUCCCCGGUCGCCAGUUCUCUCUAGAUGAAGAGGUGGAGGAUGAGGACAGUGAUGACACUGCUCUGCUGGAGAGAAAGGUGAAGGCAGCUGCUAUGCCUGAGGCAGCUCUGCGCGUCUGUCUCAAAGAGCUCAGACGAUUAAAAAAGAUGCCGCAGUCUAUGCCAGAGUACGCCCUCACUCGCAACUAUCUAGAGAUGAUGGUGGAGUUGCCUUGGAGUAAAAGCACUACAGAUUGCCUGGACAUCCGUGCGGCACGUGUGCUCUUAGAUAAUGAUCACUAUGCCAUGGAAAAGCUGAAGAAGAGAGUACUGGAGUAUCUGGCUGUGCGUCAGCUCAAAAGCACCCUUAAAGGACCCAUACUGUGUUUCGUGGGCCCCCCCGGUGUGGGAAAAACCAGUGUUGGCCGGUCCAUCGCUCGCACACUUGGCCGAGAGUUUCACCGCAUAGCCCUGGGGGGAGUCUGUGAUCAGUCUGACAUCCGUGGACACAGGCGCACGUACGUGGGUAGCAUGCCUGGUCGCAUUAUAAAUGGGCUAAAGACUGUCGGGGUAAACAAUCCUGUGUUUUUAUUGGAUGAGGUGGACAAACUGGGGAAGAGUCUACAGGGAGAUCCUGCUGCCGCCCUGCUGGAGGUUCUGGACCCAGAGCAGAACCACAGCUUUACUGACCAUUACCUCAACGUGCCAUUUGACCUCUCACAAGUGCUAUUCAUUGCCACCGCGAACACCACGGCCACCAUCCCCCCCGCCCUGCUGGACAGAAUGGAGGUCCUCCAGGUGCCAGGGUACACUCAGGAGGAGAAGGUGGAAAUCGCCCAUCGGCACCUGAUCCCUCAUCAGCUGGAGCAGCACGGACUGACCCCGCAGCAGCUGCAGAUCCCACAGGACACCACACUGCAGAUCAUCAGCAAGUACACACGGGAGGCUGGCGUUCGCUCUCUGGAGAGGAAGAUCGGGGCUGUCUGUCGAGCUGUGGCUGUGAAGGUUGCUGAAGGUCAGAAGGUCUCUAGAUCAGAGGCGCCCACUGAGCAGCAUGCUGAGCAGAAUACAGACAGUAAGGUGGAGGAUUCUGGGAUUGCAGCACCUCCUGAAAUGCCAAUUGUCAUUGACCACAUUGCCCUGAAGGAUAUUCUUGGACCGCCUCUCUUUGAAAUGGAGGUGUCUGAGCGCCUGACUCUGCCUGGGGUUGCGAUUGGUCUGGCCUGGACCCCGAUGGGUGGAGAGAUCAUGUUUGUGGAGGCCAGUCGUAUGGAGGGUGAAGGUCAGCUGACUCUGACAGGUCAGCUGGGUGAUGUGAUGAAGGAAUCCGCUCAUCUAGCCAUAAGCUGGCUGCGCAGCAAUGCUAAGACGUACCUCCUCAAUGAUGGAAGUGCUGAUCUUCUGGAGGGCACCGAUAUCCACUUGCACUUCCCAGCAGGCGCUGUCACUAAAGACGGACCCUCGGCUGGCGUUACGAUAGUGACGUGUCUGGCCUCGCUGUUGAGCGGGCGACUGGUGCGGUCAGAUGUGGCCAUGACUGGAGAAAUCACUCUGAGAGGACUGGUGCUGCCGGUGGGAGGUAUAAAGGAUAAAGUCCUGGCAGCGCACCGGGCCAAUCUGAAACGCAUCAUCAUCCCCAAGCGCAACGAGAAAGAUUUGGAGGAGAUACCGGCCAAUGUGCGAGCAGACCUGGAUUUUGUUCUGGCCGGCACUCUGGAUGAAGUCUUGAACGCUGCCUUUGAUGGAGGAUUUCCCUCAGCCGUCAACCAUCCACAGGUUCUAAGCAAACUCUGAGACAAUCCUUGCAAGAUGAGCUCAUGAACUGUUUUCCUCAUAGAGAAAGUUUGACACUCAGCACUUCAAUUUACUUCAUCUUUGAAAGAUAUUCAGUUUAUCUUCUCUCCUUUUCUCAUUGAUGAUUAACUUGUGAUUUAAUAACGUAUGAGUGUUAUUGACACAAUUAUGUUCCUGUAGAACUGACAACUACAUUUAAUGUUUUGAAGCAAAAUGAGCUUAACCAGUGUCAAAAUUCUUAAAAAUAAGAUUAAUGUUGACAACUUUAUGUUGAUAAAGAAUGGAAAUGUCUAAUUAGUAUCUUUGAAGUGGAGGUUAGCAGAUGACAGUGAUGUUGAUAGCAUAUGAUGACAAUCUAACUGUCUUUCUGAAUAAAUAUGGACUUAUAAUUGAUCAAA